UUCAAAAUGGCGUCUGAUUUAAAAGAUCGACAUUUGAAAUUAAUGGAAGAUAGUGACAACGAAAGCUAUGUUUUGGAGCAUACGGCAAUCCCUGAUUACGACGAGGACGAUUUCUUGUGUGAAGAGGUUGAGAUUCAAGUUGAUGACGACUUUUCGGUGUCUGAGGAAAGUGAAGAUUUUGAAAAUGCCUUAAAAGCAUUAAAAGAGGACGAUGUAGACAAAUAUUUACAACAGACUAAGCCUGUUUUACAAAAGUCAUCAGAACCAUCUGUUACAUUAAGACCAGAGUUGACUGAUGACUUUGUAAGGAACUUUCUGGUUAAAAUGGAAAUGAAAAACACAUUGGAGUGUUUCCAAACUGAAUGGUAUGAACUAUGUGAACGUGGAUUGCUGAGCAAGGAAGUUGUUGAGAAUGUUCCUGACAUUUAUGCUAGGCAACAAAAACUGGAGGAUCUUGUAAAAUCUCUACAUAAAGAAAUAAAAAGAUAUAAAGACGCAGCAGAUCAUACACGUCAGUCAUGUGUUCGGUUAAGAAAGGAGAGAGAUUUUCAUAGAAUGCAUCAUAAACGUGUUGUUCAAGAAAAAGAUAAGCUGAUAGAUGAUCUUAGAAGGUUAAAGAAACAUUACGAUUCAUAUGAACCAGCUUUGAAAAGCCUUAAACAAAAAUAUGAGGUUGCUUUGAGGGAAAAGAUGUUGACGAAACUUGAGCGCGAUAGAGCUAUCGGACAGAUUGUUGGUCUUCAAGCAACAUUGAGUAAUUCUCUUGACGAAAAAAUUGGGAAAAAUGAUGCAAUUAAAGACACUCAUCCUGUUUUAGAAAUGCAAUGUGAGAAAAAAAUGAAUGAUAUUCCAUCAGAAAAUAAACCAAUGAUACAUCCUAAGGAUAGUAUGUUUCCACAUGAUGUUGAUGUAAAUCCAUUGUUAAACUACUUUAAACAUCCAUCACCACAUCUUACUCGAGCUGGAGGCUUCAGACUCACAAAUACAAUUGAUGCUCAUGAUAUGGCUGUCAGUGCCAUUGCAUUGCACCCACGAAAACAGGUGCUGGCAACAUGUAGCGAUGAUAAAACAUGGAAAAUGUGGGCUGUUCCAAGUGGUAAUAUGAUAAUGACAGGUGAAGGACACAAAGAUUGGAUUGCUGAUUGUGAUUUUAGUCCUGGCGGUGGCAGUCUUGCAACAGUUUCUGGAGAUUCAACUGUAAAAAUUUGGGAUUUCAAUAAAGCUGAAUGCGUUCUUACUUUUACUGAACAUAUUCAUGCCGUAUGGGGUUGUUCAUGGCAUUCUGCUGGUGAUUUUCUUGCUACUUGCUCAAUGGAUUGUACGGGGAAAAUAUGGGAUAUAAACAGUGAAAGAUGUCGUUCCACUCUUCGAGGACAUGCAGACUCUGUAAACAGCAUCACAUUUCUACCAUAUUCCAACUAUUUACUGACUUCUUCAGCAGACAAGACUCUUUCAAUGUGGGAUGCAAGAACGGGACUUUGUGGACAGAGUUUUUUUGGCCACAUGCAUUCUGUCAACCAUGGUGUGUUCAAUUUAAGGGGAGAUAUUGUGGCGUCUUGUGAUUCUUAUGGUGUUAUCAAACUUUGGGAUGUUCGCUCUCUUAUAUGUCUUGCAUCUGUAGAUUUUGGUCCUCAUCCAACUAACCGAGUUUCCUUUGAUCCAAGUUCUUCAGUUUUGGCUGUGGCAAGUAAUGAUGGAUCAAUAAGAAUGUAUGAAAUUUCUUCUGGAAAACAUUCCCAACUUACUGGUCAUGAAGAGGCAGUUCAAACUGUUUUGUUUGAUAAAACUGGAGAAUUUCUUCUUUCUGCGAGCUCAGAUGGUACUCUCCGAGUCUGGUCGUAAGUCUUUAUAUCAUAGAAUUUUUAUUUGCGUAUUGAAUAUUUUUUCUUAUGUUUUUCAUCAUCGUAUUAUUGACGUUAAAACAUUUAGAAAAUGCACUUGUGGUUUUAACAACGUGAAUAUUUUUUCUUAUGUGUUUCAUCAUCGUAUUAUUGACGUUAAAACAUUUAGAAAAUGCACUUGUGGCUUUAA